AAUGAUGCACCCUGUUGCCAGCAGCAAUACAGCUUUCUGUGGGACCGGCAAGAGUUCUUGCCUUAACGAAGACAAUGUGAGAUCUGCUGACCAGUUUGACUUGUAUGCCACGCAGCAAAGCAAAUACAGCCACGCAGUCAGCCACAAACCAAUCGCAUGCCAGAGACAAGAUGCGUUGAACGAAUCGCACUUGCAGACCACAAGUGGCAGGAAUAUAGAGACAAAAGACGAACUAAAGAAAAAGAAAAACCUCAACCGAUCUGGUAAACGUGGAAGGCCAUCAGGGACCACAAAAUCAGCAGGGUACCGAACCAGCACAGGUCGACCCCUGGGGACCACCAAAGCAGCUGGAUUUAAGACAAGUCCAGGCAGACCCUUGGGUACCACUAAAGCAGCAGGAUACAAAGUCAGCCCAGGCAGACCUCCAGGAAAAAAGCAGCAAGCCUUCAGGUGUUCCAGUGAUGCCUAACACAUAUUGAGCUGGACUUUAUGCUGUACUUUACAAUAGGUGUGUUGAAUUAUUUUGGGGGAACUGUGUAUGCACUGUCAACUGAGACAAUGAACCUCAACUAUACUGGAUGGCUCCUUAGAUGAUAGAUGAACUAAUGGCAGCUAAACUGCUACUAAAAAAUGGUUUCUUCGUGCUGAAGCUAUGAUACCCAGUUAUACAUUCUGUUCCUCAACAAACUCACAAGUCUGAAAUCUAGCAAUCUUUCUCAGAACGAUGUAACUUCUGACACAUGCAGAACGCUAACGUGAGUUAAUUCACCCUCAGGAUCUGUGUUGUAUUGGCUGUUUUUAAUCAAAUGAUUUUUCAAGACUGCUCUAAGUUCUUUCCUGAACUCAGCUGGGAAAGCAGUCCUCUUCAGCUGAAUGUAAUAACUGCAGGAGUGUCGCACCUCGCUGGCAAGGAAUGUGUUGCAUGUCACCACUGUACCUUGGAGAAACUCCGCUUCUUACCUCCUCCUGUUUAUCCUGUUUGCUCCUGUUCCGUUUCUCACUGGUGCAUCUACUCGAUGGUGCUGUGCUGUGUGUCAGGAGAUGAUGCAGAUGUAUUGCUGUUCUGCUAGUAUAAUGAAUUUUGUAUUCAACUAUGCUGAUGAAAUAAUGAAAUCAUCUAAGCAAUUUCUGUUCAUUACGGUGUUUAUUAAUUAUAUCAGAUGGAGUAUAAUCC